ACACCUGUCUCCCAACAGCACCAUGAAGUCAGCGGGCAUCUUCCUCCUUGUGGGGCUCCUCACCCUCUGGAUGGUGCUGCCGUCUUGGUCUGGCACAAUCUUACCUGUGCAACAAGUCCCCAGAGUGAAACUUGGGACCUGCCCAGUGGUUUCUAUUAGGUGCAAGAUGCUCAAUCCCCCUAAUCGUUGUCAAUCAGACAGCCAGUGUGCUGGGGCAGAGAAGUGCUGUGACACCGGCUGUGGAUUGGGCUGUGUUCUAACUCAAAAAGCGAAACCUGGGACCUGUCCAUUGAUUGCGAGUACGUGUCGCAUGUUAAAUCCUCCUGAUAAGUGUAAGGAAGACCUUGACUGCACUGGCCCCAUGAAGUGCUGCAUGUCCAUCUGUGGGAAGGAGUGCCUUCAGCCCAACCAAGUUACAGCGAAACCUGGGACCUGUCCAUUGAUCGUGAGUACGUGUCGCAUGAUAAACCCUCCUGAUAAGUGUAAGGAAGACCAUGACUGCACUGGCCCCAUGAAGUGCUGCAUGUCCUUCUGUGGGAAGGAGUGCCUUCAGCCCAACCAAGAGAAAUCUGGGACCUGCCCAGUGGUUCCUUUCAGGUGCAAAAUGCGCAAUCCCCCUAAUCAUUGUCAAUCAGACAGCCAGUGUGUUGGGGAAGAGAAGUGCUGUGAAACCGGCUGUGGGCUGAACUGUAUUCUAACUCAAAAAGAGAAACCCGGGACUUGCCCAGUGGUUACUGUACGGUGUCUUAUGAUAAAUCCUCCCAACCGUUGUGAUUACGACCACCAAUGUCCGGGGCCAAAGAAAUGCUGUGAAACUAGCUGUGGGAGAGCGUGCAUCCUGCUUCCGAGAGGGAACCCUGAAACCUGUCCAGACGUCAUCUUUAAGUGUGCUAUGUACAAUCCCCCAAAUCGCUGCCACUCUGACCGCCAGUGUCCAAGAUUCAAGAAGUGCUGUGAGACUUUCUGCGGGAGGGCCUGUGUUUAUCCUAAGGGACAUGGUAAAGCAUAACUUCCUGCUUCCCAAGGGCGUUCCCAGGAGCAGCCGAGACACCAGCUCGAUGUGCCUGGCCUCGCUGGGGUCCCACAGACCAGCCCUAGGAAAUCAGCUUGCACAAUGCCUGCAAAGCGCCUGCACUCUUAAUCUGUCUCGUUUUUAGCACCAACCAUGCCACAUUGUUGUCACCUAUCGUGGGGCUGCCAUGGAAUUUCAGAUCCUGCCCGCCUAGCACAGAGAGGACGGGGCUGAGGCCUCAUCCCGUGAGGGACCUGAGGAGCGUGAUUCACAGUCCCCGUGCAGCGGCUCUUUCCCUGCAGUCAAGAGGAGGCUUUAGGCAGAGCUGGGGAUCUCUUUCUUCUUGCCCUGACUCUGUAUAAUUUGGUGUCCCUGGCACCUCGUGCACUGUAACAAAUAAAGAAGCUUGUUGUUCACAU